UGGAAAUAAAAUAAAUUAUUAUGAUUAUGUCUGUCAAUCAACAUGUUCGAUGAUUGUAAUGUAAACAAACCGACUUUUUGUUUAUCUUCUAUUUAAUCAAGAUUUCAACAACCGUUUUUUUUAUCGUUACAGGGUGAUGCUUUCACAACUGACAGCGUUAUAAGCGUUUCCGUGUUCCAUACCCACUCUCUCGUAUUGCGUACGUGACACGACGUAUUUGUUGUUCGGCAGACAUAGGUAAUUCUUCAGUCCUUAGGCCUGAUAACCUUCCCUGUAUGUACAUUUUUUUCUCAUUUAACAUGGCUGUCUAAUUCUUCCCGACUUAUAACAGACGAUUGCUCAUUUAAAUUUAAUUAACAACUGUGUAGCGCUUGUCUUAGAUAUUCCAGCAUGAAAAGAACCUUGACUGCGAAUUAUUUCCGCGUUAAUAUGGACCAGUUCGGCGUUGCUAUCCUCAUCGUUUUCUUACUUCGGCUUGCGCUGGGAUCAGGCAAUAUACUACAUAUGAUGAGAAAUUAAAAGUAAAUGCAUUGAUUGUUAUUAGGAUAAGUACCCCACAGAACAAGCCAACCCAUGUCAACGUGAAUGUAUCGAGGGUGAGGUGGCUCAGCGCUGCAACUACAUUUUUCACAUUGAAUACUAUUACACCAUGAGCAAAGCCUGUUAUGACUGUCCACACAUCCAAACGGACUGCGAUAGGACUUACUGUAUCGCUGCUGACGGUGUGGAGCGGGGCCUCUUUGUUAUCAACCGUCAAAUGCCAGGCCCAUCUAUUCAGGUUUGCCAGGGCGAUACAAUUAUAGUUGACGUCAAAAACCAUUUGGCAAGUGAAACGUGUAGCAUUCAUUGGCAUGGAAUCCAUCAGGUAGGCACACCUUACAUGGACGGAGUACCUUUGGUAACUCAAUGUCCCAUAUCCCCUGCUUCAUCGUUUCGAUACACUUUCCUGGCUGGGAAUCCGGGAACGCAUUUUUACCAUUCGCAUUCCGGUUUCCAACGAACUGACGGAGUCUUCGGUUCGUUAAUCGUUCGUCAGAGCAAACAAAAAGAUCCUCAUUCUUCUUUGUAUGAUUAUGAUCUUCCCGAGCACGUCAUGCUAGUAUCUGACUGGCUGGGUGAGUUAGGUGUGGCCAAAUUCGUCGCGCAUCAUCACGACGAUGGCGACAAUAAACCAUCCAGUAUGAUAAUCAAUGGGAAAGGUCGAAUUCCAAAACCAAGAAACGAGUUGACGUCCAACGAGACAAUGUCACUCUCAGUAUUCAACGUUGAACAGGGAAGACGCUAUCGCUUCCGGCUGAUCAGCAAUGGGUUCCUGAAUUGUCCAGUUCAAUUGUCGGUUGAUAAUCAUACUCUUUUAGUGAUCGCUAGCGAUGGAGGCUCUAUUCAGCCUAUUGAAGUUGAUUCGCUUAUCAUUGAUGCUGGUGAGAGAUACGAUUUUGUCGUGAAUGCAGAUCAACAAAUUUCAUCUUAUUGGAUUCGAUUACACGGGCUUAUGGAUUGCGGUCCCAAAAAAGUUUUCCAAGCAGCUAUACUUCGUUACAAUGGAGCGCCAGAAAUUGAACCAGAAGAAGUGUUAACAUUCGAAAAUACUGAACGAUUUGGCAAAGUGUUGAAUCCCGUUAAUUUCGCACCUGGAGAUGAUCAGCACGUCACCAUAGCGGAAAUGAGGGCGUUGGCUGACAAUCUGACUGACUGGAUAGGAGAGCCUGACAUAAAAUUCUAUUUAGCAUAUGACUUUAAUGCUGUAAACAACUGGCAUUUUCACGAUUCCCAGUACUACCCUAUAUUUGGCGUGGAAAAAAAUCAUCGGUUAUACACUCCACAAGUGAAUCACAUAAGUCUACGAUUUCCUCCAUCUCCGCCUCUUUCUCAAUACAACAGUUUAAUGCCAGAAGUGUUUUGUAACGAAUCGACAGUUUCCAAUUGCACUGAAGAAUUUUGCGAAUGCACCUACACGUUGAAUGUUCCUCUAGCAUCUCUGGUGGAACUAAUAGUCAUCGACGAAGGUGUAACGUUUGAUGCUACACAUCCUUUUCAUCUUCAUGGCUCAUCCUUCCGCGUAGUUGCAAUGGAGCGUGUUGCCAGCAACGUCACCGUUGAUCAGAUUCGUGCGAUGGAUGAAAACGGCCAAAUCCGUCGGAAUUUAGUGGACGCUCCCGUCAAAGACACAGUGGCUGUGCCUGAUGGUGGCUAUACUAUUAUUCGCUUCGUGGCAACAAAUCCUGGGUAUUGGUUGUUUCAUUGCCAUUUGGAAUUUCACAUUGAAAUUGGAAUGGGAUUGAUAUUCAAAGUUGGCGAUCACGAAGAAUUUCCACCUAUUCCUGAAAAUUUCCCAACAUGUGGGAAUUGGUUUGCGUGAACAAUAACUACCAUUUUAAUCAAAAUAAACAAGCUCUGAUGCUUGUGUAGCCUA